GGAUUCAGAGCUUUGGUAUUAUAUAUAAAGGAAAGCUUGCGUUCCUCCCAGUAUCUUGCAACUCCCAUUUCCCGUCUAUCAUCUUCCUUCUUGUCAUUCUUCGUUUCAACCUCGCAAAAUGAGCACCUUUGAAUCAUCAACAACAAGAUCCUUUGUUUCUGUAGAAUCAACAACACCAAUUGAAGGAACGGAAGCUGACAAUGUGAAUAUGGACUCAUUGUUCCGAGGCACAUAGAAACGAUAGUCACUAUCACAAAAUUAAAAUAAACGAAAGCAGAGGCACAGCACUACACAUGGCAGUGAAUGAUGGCGUAGUGGAACUUGUUAACACUCUCGUUGGUGCAAUCUUAAACCAUGAAGGGAUGGAUGUGCUGAGGGAUGAUAGUGCAUUGAAAACAACCAAUGAGAGAGGGGACACUCCUUUGCACCUUGCAGCAUCAAAAGGGUUCAAUGCUAUGUGCAAGUGCAUCAUAGGGGAGUCUGAGGAAAGGAAGGAUUUGAUUAGGGUUAGGAACAAUAAGGGUGAAACACCUCUCUUCCGGGCUGUGCUCACAUGCCAUACAAAGACCUUUAUGUACUUCCAUCAUGUUUCCAAAGAUAUUCCACUUGGGAACUAUGAUGGGGAUACCAUCCUUCACCAUGCCAUUUGGAGAGAAUUCUUGGAUUUGGCAAUUAUAAUAACUCAUUGCUAUCCUGAACUUGUUCACAUGCGAAACAAAGAUGGAGCCACUCCUCUCAAAGUUCUUGCCUCUAAGCCUUCAGCCUUCAAGAGUGGAAGCAAUCUCCCAUGGUGGAAGCAAAUUCUAUAUUAUGGUAUACUCGUAGAACAACUAGACGCAGAAAAGGCAAUAAAAUCCUAUAUGGAUAAAGUUGACAAAUUUGAGGCCGACAUUGAACUCAAAGUGAAUAUACAUUCAGAAAGUAGUGAAGCCAACAAAGCACAAAAAUUUGUGGAAAAACAGUAUGCUACUUCUGUUCGGUUUGUAAAGAGUGCUGUUCGAUUAGCAUUCAAAGUCCUUAGCCUCUCGGGAUUGGGUGUCACUGCACAGGACUUGAAAGCAAUAAAGAAGAUAAGGCAGAAGCACAGAUGGAGUCGUCAACUCUUGAAUAUUUUUAUGGAAAGACCUUAUGAGUCGUACAUUGGAAUUAGUGGGGGUCGACCAUUUUUGAGAGAAGACAGAGACUUAGGGCAACCCGUUAUUACCAAACAACGGUUACAAAGUAAGCAACAAAUCAGUUCAGUUAAUUUAUAAGUUGUUAAUAAUAGUUUACGCCAUAUACUAAUUUAAAUUGUGGAAUAAAACGUAGGAU